UGAGUAGGCUAAACCCGCGGGCGACUAGGGUAGCUGGAACGUUGUAAUAUAGUGCUGGUUUUCCAUAGCAGUACAUAGAGUGACUGUAUAUGACAUAGCACUCCCUGUGACUGUAAAUGACGGCACGUUUUUUUUAUAUCGCCUUCCAAAACACGGUGUAUUUUUUAUAUCUCACAAAGGAAGAAGAUUUUGAUGGAUGACCCCCGAAUUGAGCCCUUGCGCGCUCUCAUAUCUAGACUACACACACGCUCGCGCGCUUAAAAACGCAAACAGAUAGACUGCCACGCUCUUGCUGUCCCCACUAGUGGGAAUGCUGAAGAUAUGGGUGACAUUAUUGAAAGAUGCUUUGUUAUAGUGCUCCUUUACUCUUGUGUUUGCGUCUCGGCGCCGGGGAUAGGACCAAAAAAUGGAGUUGAGUGGGACGGCAGACUCGGAAGCCUCCAGCACUUGACUUUGCUUUGAUUUCGGCAGACACGAGAACGCAGCAGAGAGAGAGAAGAGGGGGGUAGAGUGGCGAGUGAGUGCAAAGGGGCAGGACUUUUUUUCUCUCCUCUAUUAAGAGGAAACUUUUGUGUUUUGUUCUCCAAGUUCAGCUCGGUCCUCAAGCCCUGUUCUCCGCUGCUCUUUUCAUACAUCUCCGCGGCGUCUUUUCUUCCAUACCCUCCGAUGCCUUCAUUUUUCUGUGUUUUUACACUUUUCAUGGGAAUUCUGGAUAUCAAGACCAUGCGCAUUCAAACGGGACCUGUUCUGAAAAUUGUUUGUUCUUCGUUUCCAUUACUGUUUUAGUUGGAAUAUAAAUGUUUCGCCGUGCACUGCUAGUUUUGGGGUAAAGAUGACCCGUGUAUUUUGUGCUUUUGCUGGAGUCAUGUUGGUGUUUCGGAUUAUUUUGCUGUGCAUCGUGGAGUUGCAUACUGGCUGCGAUGCGGUGCUCGCCGCCGGUCUCACCACUUUCCGGGCUUUUGAUCCACCUGCAAAAGAGGGUGUUGUGCGGACCGUCGAUCGGAUUUACCAUGGAGGUGGGAAGGUUGGUUACCUACUCUACAUGGACGGGAGAAGGUUUCAGUUAGAUAUGGAGAGGGAUGAGUCAAUUUUGUCACAGCACUUCAGUCCGAAAUAUGUGAUGGCCCUGAUAGGAGCGGGAGAAAGCGCCGCGCCUCUGCACCGGGAGUGUGUGUACCGGGGAACCGUGGACUCCAACCCCAUGUCCCUGGCGGUUUUCAGCCUCUGUGGUGGGGGUCUAGAGGGCUUUUUCGCUUUGAAACACGCACGCUACACAAUCACACCCCUUAUCCGAACCAAGGGGCACAAUAGCGACGUGCGUUCGCUGGAUGACAAGGAUGCAGAGAGCGCUCUCCACUACUUCACGCAGGAGAGUUUCAGCUUCGAAGCCAUGCCUGUGAGCGAGAGCUGUGGGACCAAGGAAGGGCGCGGGCGCAUGGAUGCAUCGAGGAAACACCGGCGUAAGGGCAGAGGGAAAGGGAAACGCGACCUGCACGGUGUCACCCUGGACAGGGGCAAGGAGCGAAGCAGAGCGCACGGCAGAAGAUGGUGGAAGCAGUUCUCCAAACCUGCCUCUCCGCCCUCACUGGGAAGUCGGCGCAAGAGGUCAGUUUCGCGCGCCAGGCACGUGGAGCUUCUGCUGGUCGCUGACGAGUCCAUGUCCAAGAAGUACGGCAAGGACCUGCACCACUACCUGCUCACGCUGGCCUCCAUCGCUUCCAAGUUGUACGGCCAUGCCAGCAUCGAGAACCCCAUCCGUCUGUCCGUUGUGAAGGUGACCAUGGUCACGGAGAAGGAGAAGGGGUUGGAGGUGUCCAAGAACGCAGCCGCCACGCUCAAGAGCUUCUGCAAGUGGCAGAACCAGCAGAACCCACUGGACGACGACAACCAGCACCACCACGACGCCGCCAUCCUCUUCACCAGGCAGGACCUGUGUGGGCACCACUCGUGUGACACACUGGGCAUGGCCGACGUUGGCACCAUCUGCUCACCAGAGAGGAGCUGUGCCGUCAUAGAGGACGACGGACUCCAUGCCGCCUUCACCGUGGCACACGAGAUAGGUCACUUGCUGGGCCUGUCCCACGACGACUCCAAGUUCUGCGAAGAGCGUUUCGGCGCCAGCGCGGACAAGCGUCUCAUGUCGUCCAUCCUGACCUCCAUCGACGCCUCCAAACCCUGGAGCCGCUGCACCUCAGCUACCAUCACUGACUUCUUUGACGAUGGCAAUGCCGAGUGUCUCCUGGACACUCCUCGCCAGCCCAUCCUCGGCUCAGAGGAGCUGCCCGGCCAGAGCUACGACGCCGUGCGCCAGUGCCGCCUGGCGUUUGGGCCUGAGUACACGGUCUGCCCGGGCAUGGACGUAUGCGCCCGCCUGUGGUGUGCAGUGAUACGCCAGGGCCAGAUGGUGUGCCUUACCAAGAAGCUGCCCGCCGUGGAGGGCACGCCGUGUGGCAAGGGCCGCAUCUGCCUCCAGGGCAAGUGCAUGGACAAGACCCGCAAGAGACACUACUCGGCAUCUAACCAUGGUAGUUGGAGUUCGUGGGGUCCGUGGGGGGCAUGUUCGAGGACGUGUGGUGGAGGGGUGCAGUUCGCCCAGCGUCUAUGUAACAACCCGCCGCCCCGAAACAAUGGGCGCUACUGCACCGGCAAGAGAGCCAUCUACAGGUCCUGCAGUGCCACCCCGUGCCCCUCGCCCAGUAAGAGUUUCCGCCAGGAGCAGUGUGAGGUGCGGAACGGCCCCCAGACAGACCCUAAGGGGAUGAAGACCUUUGUGGAGUGGGUACCCAAGUUCGCAGGAGUGCUCCCCAAAGAUGUGUGCAAGCUGACAUGCCGGGCCAAGGGCACAGGCUACUAUGUGGUGUUCUCGCAGAGGGUGGUGGACGGGACAGAAUGUCGGCCGUACAGCAGCUCAGUGUGUGUGAAGGGCAAGUGUGUGCGUACCGGCUGUGACGGCAUCAUCGGCUCCAAGCUGCAGUUUGAUAAGUGUGGCAUCUGUGGAGGGGACAGCACUGGCUGCAUCAGAGUGAUAGGCAACUUCACCAAGAAGAGUAAGGGCUACACAGACGUUGUGAAGAUCCCAGAGGGCUCCACCCACAUCAAGGUCCGCCAGCACAAGCCCAAGGAUCAGCCCCAGUACACAGCCUACCUGGCACUGCGUCGUCCCGGUGGCGACUACCUCCUCAACGGCAAGUUCAUGAUCUCUACCUCAGAGACAGUCAUCCCCCUCAACGGCUCGGUGCUCAACUACAGUGGCUGGAGCCAGCGGGAUGAGUGGCUACACAGCAUGGGCCCUGGGGCCCUCAGAGAGGCCCUUACAGUUCAGAUUCUGGCCACGGACUCCAAGAGGCCCCUGGAUAUCCGCUACAGCUUCUUCAUGCCCCGUCGGGUUUUGGCUCCACCACCGCCACCUCCCCCGCACACCUCCACAACCACAUCCACCACCACUACUAGAACCAUCUCUACAAGAUCAAGCAGUAGAACCACAUCGGCCCCGUUUUCAGCCAUGGCUCUCUCUACAGCCCCAGGGGUGUCGACGGUGGCCUCUGUGCCCCAGUGGGUGACUGGCCCCUGGAUGAUCUGCUCCAGGACUUGUGACACGGGCUGGCAGAGCCGCACGGUGCAGUGCAAGGACCCGCAGGCCAAGCUGGCCAAGGGUUGCCCUCUGGGCGACCGCCCCUCCGCCUUCAAACAAUGCCUAGUGAAAAAGUGUUGAAAGGACCAGAAACUAGACUCCCCUGAAAGUAGGGGGUACACACAGACAGAGACACUGGUUAUUGACAGUCAACCCCUCCUCUUCCUUAUCCCCCAACCUACUAUUCCAGGCCCUGCUUGGCACAGCUACAUACAUACGGCAGAUACAUGUGGACACUUCCGAAUAGUGCAGCCGCCCAAUCAACAACCACCCACUUGCCAAAUCCCUCCUCUAUCUGAAGGUUUUGUUUGUAUUCCUCUGUUAAUGACACAUUUUGUUUGCUUUUCUGAAUGUUCUUGCUACUGUGGGUUUUUCAUGAUUGUCCGCUUUGUCUCUUUGUCUUGUGUGACUGCACACCGCUGGACCAUGGGCCUCCGUACUGGUCUGUUGCGUGGUACUUUUUCUCCACUUCCCUUCGGGGUCCCCUUUUUCUUCUUGCUCCUCCCACGGCCGAUUCUCCACAUACGAUUGGUCUAUCCAACUUCCUGUUGGAUUGCAGACCAGGAAGUAGGCUGGGGGCACAAGCAAGAGCAACCAAUCCGUACUGUAACCAGUCCAGAAAUGGGGUUGAACCGCACUGCAAACAUCCCAGGUAUGCAAAUGGACAUAAAGUGAUGGAGUGAGGUCUAUCCAACUUCCUGUUUGGAUUGCAGACCAGGAAGUAGGCUGGGGGCACAACCAAGAGCAACCAAUCCGUACUGUAACCAGUCCAGAAAUGGGGUUGAACCGCACUGCAAACAUCCCAGGUCAGAAAAUGGACAUACAGUGAUGGAGUGAGUUGGGGCAGAGUUGUGCCCAACAGCUAGUGCUGAGCGAUUAACCUAAAUUGUGUUUUUAUUUUGGUUUUUAAACAACUAAUUGACAGACUUCGUUUCAAUUAUUUGAAUUCCAUUUAGUUAUGUUUUUGUCUGUGAACUCAAUGCGCACAUUGUGCAGUUUCUCUAGAAAUAAAUCAACUGAAUCCCGAACUGUGCGAUGUAGUUGUAGGGAGUUGUAGUUUCCAACAGGCCAGUAUUAAAAAUAAUUUAGUGCAGAAAACAUGCUAGUUAACUACAAUGAUCAUAAUCGAUUGCGUGCGUACUUGUCCGGUCUGUGUCUUUCUUUUAUGCCUGCUACAUUAGGUUAGUACAGAAGAAUGCGCGAUCGAAAGGGAUAGAGAGCAGUUACUUUGUGAAGUAUCUCUACCUGAAAAUGCAUAAUCUAAGUGGUUGAUAGUUGGUAAUCAGCAUCCUAUUUUACUUUUAAGAACUACUAAAAUACUGAUUUUGUCAGUAUUUAAAAUCAUCAAAUUAAACAAAUGUAAUAUACACACCUGAAAUAUUUUAUUAAAGUAAAGUAAUGUGAAUAAAUGUUGUUACAGCAUUCAACCCACAUAAUGUAAGUCGCUCUGGAUAAGAGCGUCUGCUAAAUGACUUAAAUGUAAAUGUAAAUAAUGCAUAGUGCAUUUAAUAAUUUUUUUAAAUAUUGAUAUUUUAAUAAUCGAACCAAAACCGAACCGACCUCAAAAACCACUAAUCGCUCAGCACUACCAACUGCCAAUGCCCAGUGACACCUAUAGAGUGACUCUGGGCCAAAAAACCAUGGUGACCCUUCAACGCUGACCUUUGUGGAGGUUAAAGGUUGUAAUUUUAUGGGAUUACAUAAUGUGUGGGGCCAAGCUUGACGUGUGUGUGUGUGUGUGUGUGUGUGUGUGUGUGUGUGUGUGUGUGUGUGUGUGUGUGUGUGUGUGUGUGUGUGUGUGUGUGUGUGUGUGUGUGUGUGUGUGUGUGUGUGUGUGUGUGUGUGUAUUGUGAACAUACAAUUGUGAACAUAUAGUGUUUUUGUCAUACUCAGUGUCCUAAACUAUUUUAAUGGACUUUAACCCUCAGUUCCAUUUGUAUCACUAUGCGGGUGCUAGAGGGUCGCUACCAUUUUGUCACUGUGUUUCUUUGGCUCUCCAUGUCUGUCUGUCUGUCUGUCUGUUUGUCUGAUUAGGAAAAAAGCAAUUAUUGCUAGUAUGACAAUGUGUGCACUGGAUACUCGCAAAUACAGCAAGAGGGAAACUAACCCAGUCAUACCUGACCAAAUACACUUCUACAGCUCGCUCACUCUUUCUCUCUCUAUCUCUCUCUCACUCGCUCACCCUCCCACCCUCUCCAUCUCUCAUUCAACAUAUUGACACAUUCUUGUUUAAGCUAUCCAUUUCUCACACUCAGUCUUACUCUCACAUCCACUACCAUCCAUUCUCCGUCAGUCCCUCUAUCCCUCAUGAGCUUGUAAUGCUAACCCACACACAUUUUCAAGGGUGAUGAUAGACAUGCAUUAUACUGGAUACAUAUGGGCUCUUGCCACAUAGACACAACUCACUAUUUCUCAUUUCUCAUACACAGGCACAGACACACAUUCACAUAAAGAAUACACAACACCCCCAAAUUACUUAAUUACGAGUAUUUUCACUGUAUUAGGCUCACAUUAACGUAUAAUACACACAUUUGUAUACACACCUUUUAACUCACACACUACAAUACACAUUUAGAUAGAAACACCAAUAUCACAUAUGUACAGAAAAUUAAACCACACGCAUACAUACAAACACACACACACACACACACACAUACUGUAUAUGUAUUACUGUUUGACUCUUCCCAUGGGAAAAGACCCUUUCGUUGAACGACAGAAACACAGCACUGAACUUGUAAUUUAUUGUUUGUACAACUGGUAUGUGAAAAAAAAACGUGAUGAAUUUAUUUAUUAUAAUGGCAAUGUUGUAUCAUAUUUACUAUUUAACUAAGAAUAUGACUGUGCAGAAUAAUUCAUUUUUAAGAAAAGUGUGUUUUCUCAUCAUCUACAUGAGUAUAUGUACAUUAAAUGUAUAUAUUUAAAA